GGUAUAAAAAGUGUGCCAGCGCAGUGUUACAGAUGCCAGAGCAGCUUUCUACUCUACUCUACUGAGAACAACAAAAACAGCUGCUCGAUUGUUUGGUGUCCUGGUCGUCAGUCUAGACUUGUUUGUCGGCGUGGAGCUACACGCUGUGUUGUUUCAACCACCCUUUUCCUUCAUUCUGAGCUUAUUUUCUAAGCUAUGGGCGAGCAAAAUAAAAUAUUACUCCGUCCUAUUUUCCGCCGAGAUGUGGACUGGGAUCCUUUCCCAAACUGGACACAGCCGAGCCGUAUCUACGCACAGGACUUUGGCCUCCCUCCUUUCCUGGAGCCUAGUGAUCUGGACUGGAUAGACUGGGCGAAGAAGAGACUGGCAUCUUUCUCCUGGCCAGCGUUUACACAAAGUCCUCUUCUGCCUCCAUUCACCAGUCAGAACCCCGAGGCAGUGGACCAAAAGUCUCUGAAGCAACUGACAGGCGGAGUAUCAGAGAUCCGAACGGGCCCGGACAGCUGGAAGAUUAACCUGGACGUUAAUCACUUCUCACCUGAGGAGAUCACGAUCACAACAAAGGAGGGUUACUUGCAAAUUUCAGGAAACCAUCAGGAAAGGCAGGAUGAGCAUGGACUGGUUUCAAGGUGCUUCACUCGUAAAUACAAGUUGCCACAGGGAGUCGACUUGCAGCACAUCAGUUCAUCACUGUCUGCUGACGGAGUUCUGUCCGUAGAGGCCCCGGUCCCGGGGACAUCCGUCAGCAGCCCGGGCAACGAGCUCGUCAUCCCGGUUCAGAUCAGACAGAAGCAGGAAGAUGAAAAGUGAAACUGGUAAAAGUUGUUAACAGCAACCUUUAUAGCACUGACUUUAAGAAAAAGAAAUAGUUUGUUGCAGCUCAAUAGAGACCAUUAACUGACGAGCUUGUGGGUUCCUGCCACGAGUUACUGUGUAAUACUGUCAUCAGCUGUAAAGUUUUGUGUCAUAGUCAAAGUCAUUAGUGUCAAACUAACACUGUCAAACUAUAGUAUACUUUAGAUUUGUGAGUUUGAACCUGUGUACAUUGACGUCUUAAAUAAACAGUGUUGUGAAACUACCCUUACGUCAUAUAAUCAUCGACAAACAGCUUCUGCCGUUUAAUAAUAAAAUAAUGUAAUGUUGUCUGUUAGCGUCUCUUCAUGAUUCCAGGUCACAGCGUUAAUCGGAAUCAGUUUAAUCUGUAUUGAUUGGUCAAUUCCUCUGGUUCUCAAAUUCACCACAAGAGGGCACUUAAUUUCUUUUUCCUCUUUAUGAAGCUUAUAGAAGUUCAUUUAUAGCAUUUAUAAUAAUCAGCCUCUGUUCGUCUUCCAAGUUAACUCUUGAUGAUUACAAAAAGAUACAAUUUCUAUGUAAACUAGUAUUAAUUGCUAAAGGCAGAGUCAUGAAACACAAUAUACUAUAAAUACUUAAAACUCACUUCACAUGCAGUCGGUUUUGGUGACGGUUAAAUGAGAGAUGGAUAAAGUUGUAGGUAGAAAAAUGUGAGGUUACAUGUACAGUAACAGCUUCAUCUUUUCAAAUGCAAUGGACUGAAAACAGCCAAGAAAGGCAGACCCAAUAAGUCAACAGUGACAUCUAGCGUUGGAUCAGAAUAUUACAAAACAAAUUGAUGAAAAGACGAGACCAGUGACAGUAGUGACAGUGCAUGUGCAAACGGCAAUGUGCAAACAUUUUAGGCAUUUGAUCGGGCAAAAGUUCAUUCGGCCGCAUGGCAGCAGGCCCAGAUAUACGAUAUAAGAGUCACAAACCAAGAAAACAAGAAGAACAACAAGCCCUGUCUCUCAACAUGUUGGAGGCAAUUUGGGAUCACAAGGAGAGAGCGAAUCACCUGAGACCCUAAAUUGGAACAACCUUCCAGCUGUAUGUUACCUUGAUUGUUAACUGUGUGGAGCAUGUGUGACUUUCUUUAAAGUGUCCUUAGUUGUACCUUUACAUGUGUGACUGAAGUUAAAUGCUUCUUCAAAAUGAAAGAAAAAAAAAACCUGGGGAACUUUUUCUUCAUGACUCUUGUUUUGGGUGGCCAUUGAAAAGAUUCACCUUGAUUUCAUUUGGGGGCAAAAGCUUCUUGAUUCAUUUCUGUCUUUUGUUCUUCCUCGUCCACACAUCAGAUUAAAAAAAAAAAGACCAAAAUGUCAAAAAUCCCUUGAAUUUACCUCUGAUAAUAAAGUUUGCUUUGACCAGCAGA